CUGAGGAGAGGGUGACAAUGGAAAAAAGUCCAGGGAAGUAGCCAGGCUACCUGGAACCGUCCCUGCACUUCGCCACAGGGGUGAUGUUUGGUGGUGGCUCCCAGCACCAACGCCCUCGGGAGACAACAGCCAGCUCUGCCUGAGCGUGAGGAACUGGCCGAGAGAACAGGCAGCACUCAGGAAGGGCGUGCUCCAGGCUGAGGGUUUGUCCCCUGGGCUGUCUGUACAGGCAUCACUUCCCCGUGUCACAGCAUAUCGCGGCUGAAGUGUACUGCUCACAGCUGGAGCUUCCUUCUUCUCAGGGUCAGGGACAAGACCAGUCGGAGGCGCCUGCAGGCACUGGGCCAGGUACAGGCAUUCCGCAGGCAGGAAGACAAGGCACGCUGGAGGAUUGUCAGGGCACAUCCGCCCUGCUGCUGUACAGCGGCCGCUCGCAACCACGGUGUUCCGAGCGCUGGCCCGGGCGGUCCUGAGGAUGCCGCGGAGACAAGGGAAGCGAAAGGCCGAGGUCACGGAGGUGCCUCGCGUGUCUCGGAGGAGGACGGAGGAAGAGGAGGCGAUGCAGGAGGCCCGGCGGAGGGCGGCCCCGUCCGUGCAAGAGUUCAAGUACAACAAAAAACGGGUUCGCCUCGUCUCGCAGGGCUCGGACCUGAAGGAUAAUGCUCGGUGCAUCCUUUACUGGAUGUGCCGGGAUCAGCGGCUACAAGAUAACUGGGCUGUCCUCUACGCCCAGCGCCUGGCCCUCAAACAGGAGCUGCCCCUGCACAUCUGCUUCUGCCUAGUGCCCAAAUUCCUGGAGGCCACCAUCCGGCACUACGAUUUCAUGCUGAGAGGCCUGCAGGAGGUGGCUGAGGAGUGUGCAGAGCUGAACAUCUCCUUCCACUUGCUGCUGGGCUACCCCAAGGACGUGCUGCCUGCGUUUGUGGUGGAGCAUGGUGUGGGUGGGCUGGUGACAGACUUCAGUCCCCUCCGCCUCCCCCGGCAGUGGGUGGAGGACAUCAGGGAACAGUUGCCAGAGGAUGUGCCAUUUGCACAGGUUGAUGCCCACAACAUCGUGCCCUGCUGGGUUGCCUCCCCCAAGCAGGAAUACAGCGCCAGGACCAUCCGGGGCAAGAUCCACGCUCAGCUCCCUGAGUUCCUCACUGAGUUCCCCCCUGUUGUUCGUCACCCAUAUCCCCCGUCCUGCCCAGCAGAGCCCAUUGCUUGGGAGGCCUGUUAUUCCAGCUUGCAGGUGGAUCGCACCGUGAAGGAGGUGGACUGGGCAACCCCUGGCACAGCUGCAGGGCUGGCUGUGCUGAAAUCCUUCAUCACAGAGCGGCUGAAAUCCUUUGGCUCCCACCGGAAUGACCCCAACAAAGCAGCUCUCAGCAACCUGUCCCCAUGGUUCCACUUUGGCCAGGUUUCCACCCAGCGAACCAUCCUGGAGGUGCAGAAGCACCGGCGCAAGUACAAGGAGUCGGUGGAUGCAUUCGUGGAGGAGGCCGUGGUGCGGCGGGAGCUGGCUGAAAACUUCUGCUACUACAAUGAGAACUACGACAGUGUGCAGGGUGCCUACGACUGGGCACAAACCACCCUGAAACUCCACGCCAAAGACAAGAGGCCUUAUAUCUACAGUCUGCAGGAGCUGGAGCAGGGGACCACACACGACCCACUCUGGAAUGCUGCCCAGCUCCAAAUGGUCCGGGAGGGGAAGAUGCACGGCUUCUUGCGGAUGUACUGGGCCAAGAAGAUCCUGGAGUGGACCCGCUCCCCUGAGGAGGCCCUGAAGUUUGCCAUCUACCUUAAUGACCGCUACGAGCUGGAUGGGAGGGACCCCAACGGAUACGUAGGCUGCCUGUGGUCCAUCUGUGGAAUACACGACCAGGGCUGGGCAGAGCGGGCCAUCUUUGGGAAGAUCCGCUACAUGAACUACGCCGGCUGCAAGCGCAAGUUUGACGUGGACCAGUUCGAGCGUCGCUACGCCCCCACACACUCCCAGUGACAGGCACAGCGUGCCUUGAGAGGGCUCGUGCCCCUCUGUGCUGGGGCAGAUGUGCCUUUGCCAAGGUGCCACCCUGCAGAGAUCACCCAGGGCAGGGAUCACCCCGGGUGCUGUUGGAGGGCUCACUGUAACAGCAGCAAGCCCCAGGGUUUUGCACGUCUCUUCUCUGCCAUCAUCCCCUGCUCAAGCUGCCAUGCUGGGACAGCUGCUGGAGUCCUCUCCUGGGAGCUGUUAGAGCCCAUGCUCAGCGUGCCUGGACUGCCAAAAACCUUUUCUACAACCACCACGCUCAGGAUAGUCCAGGUCACCGUUGCUGCUGCUAACCACAGCUUAGAUUUCAGCUGAGCAGGGUUUUUCUGGGGAAAAAGCCCUCAGAAAGUGGCUUGUGGUGGAGCCAGUGCUGGGCUGGGUGGCAGAUGCAUCUUUUAACAGUUGUUUUAAAGUUUACAGUUUCUA